AUGGCAGCGUCACCAAUACACAAGAACUGGGCGUUUGCACCUUCCGCUGCUUUGUUGGGGUCGUUGGGGCCGAUCAGCCGCUCAAGAGUCUGCGAUUUAGUCAACAAUGAUCCAGACCGCCCACUUCCUGCUCCAUUGCGAGUACAGCAGAGAGGUAUCCAGGGAUGUCAGGAGAUUAUCAAAGGCAUAUUGGAUGGCGUUGCGAGCGACGGCGCCAACAAAAAGAUUUUUGUUGUGGACAUGCUACCGAACAGGUUCAACGAGUGGGGCAGAUCAAUCGCCGAGCUUCAGAAAGAGCAGUUGCGAACCAACCAAGGGCACGAAUACUUUUUCACAGCGUACUACUGCGAUGAAGAAUCAAAGGAAUUGCAGUCUUUGGGUUCGGAGAUUGCAGGAGGCUUCAUGAUCCCAUCUGCUGUUGUUGAUGCCUUCAAGAAUGCUUCGGACACCUCCAAUUUGAAUGCUUUGAAAGAGAAGGUGAACACGUUCAACAAGAAGUACGAGGGUGCGCUAGAGGUCAGGCCGUCGCAAAGCGAGCCUGAGACUACUUCAACCCCGGCUGAGGCUUCGGCGCGAACCUUGUGCACCCCAUCAUUUAAGGACGGUGAUAGACCCAUUGAUAUUGAGCAAACGCGCAUGCCUUCAGAAGUGCUUAGCAUUGAGCAGUUUGAAAGCCGAAUUGAGUUGCUGGCCAAGGGUGCUGCUACUUGCGAUCCAAAGAUUCAAGUUUGUGUCACUCGUGGGCAUGAGAUCUGGCUUCAAAACACUACCGAUACUGAUCGAGAGGUCAAAGCUGGCGAGCUGUUUGGAUUGGGGUUGGCAAAUGCAACAGAGACCCCAAUAGGCCUGGCCCGCUCUGUGGCUGCAAAGGCAAUCCCUUGGAUUGUUGACGACGACCUGCAAAUUUUGGUGAUGUGUGGGUCGAAUGGCAAGCGGCCCAUGUCCUUGGCAGACUUGGUGUGCCACGUUACUCGCACGUCAGGUGUGACAAGCCUAAACCUGGUCGAGCACGAGAUGACGCAAAAGCCAGAGGAGAAUGGCACUGCGCCGGUUUUCCGGUACAAUGCCAAGCCCAAGCCAAAGGUCUCUACGGUGGAACCUUCCGACCCUCCGACGAACACAGAUUUUAUGGCUAUGCGGAGCACUUGGCUGGGUUCUGUCCUGAAGAACAAUUUCACGAAGUUGCCCAAGUCAAAUAUGGCUUCAACAUUGUGGGAGGUAAAGAUUGAAUCUGGGGUGCCAUCCAAAAUCAUGGCGCUGAAGCCUAAAUUUUGGCUUGUAUGCCGCCUCAGCAUUGCAGCCAAGCAUGCUGUCAAGCUGAGUGUGAACUGA